ACUGAGGUGAAGUAAUUCAUGACAUCACGAUAGCCAUGAAAGGUGGAGGGCAUAUUUUCAGUUACUAUGUGUACGAAGAUAUGAUUCUUUGAUUCCUCUUGUAUCAAACAAAAAUAAACAAAAUGUCUGCCUCAAACACAGAAUAUGAAAACAGAAAAGUGUCCUCCUCCAGCACGACGAAUAUCGAUGACGAUGAUUUCUUUUUUGAAGUUCGGAUGGGGAAGCGCAGUCGACAGCGUACAGUUACGCUGGGCUAUGGACGAAAUGGAUUGCAGAUUUCGUGUAACGAGAAGCGGUUGGUAGUUACAGAAUGGGACGAUGAUGGUAAUGUGCUAC